AUGCCCGGAAACCUCGGUGUGCCAUGCACCAACUGCACCGCCUUCUCCAUCGAGUGCCGCAUCCCCACCCCCAAGCGCAAGAAGACGGCCGCGGUGAAGACGCAGGACUCCCAGAGUGAAUUUGGCGAAGACGAUCGCUCCCCCGCACCGAGCAGUGCCACUCCUGGCGAGCAGCAGCGCGACAAGACGACCGUGUACAACUCGCCUGACGGCACCCCCUCGACGACCGUCUCCCCAGCCUAUGCCGCCCAGCAGGCCACUCACAAUGGCACGUACGUGCAGUUUAUGAAGCCCAAAUUUGCGCGUGCGCCCAUCAAAGAAGCCGGCCGUGUCGCAUACCUGGGCGAGUCCUCCAACCUCUCCCUGCUGGUCCAUGACCGCUAUGGCACCACCGACACCGUACACUACCCGCUGCCUGAAAACGUCCGAGGAGCAAAGGCACGCGUGAACGAGCUGGACAACAUGGAAAUCGAGAUCCUCCACCAGCGAGGCGCAUUUCUGCUUCCCCCACGAGCGUUGUGCGACGAAUUGGUCGAGGCUUUCUUCAAAUGGGUAGCUCCCGUGGUGCCAGUCAUAAAUCGGAGUCGAUUCAUGCGACAAUACAGGGAUCCAAAGAACCCACCCUCGUUGUUGCUGCUACAAGCUAUCCUGCUGGCGGGGUCGCGGGUCUGCACAAACCCUCAGCUUAUGGAUGCGAAUGGCUCGACCACGCCUGCAGCCAUGACCUUUUAUAAGCGGGCGAAAGCUCUCUUCGACGCCAACUAUGAAGAUGAUAGAGUGACCAUUGUACAGUCUACCAUCCUCAUGGGAUGGUACUGGGAAGGCCCCGAAGACGUCACGAAAAAUGUGUUCUACUGGAGUAGAGUCGGAAUAGUCGUGGCGCAAGGCUCGGGCAUGCAUCGAAGCGUUGAGGGUUCUCAACUCACCAAAUCCGACAAGAGGCUCUGGAAGCGGAUAUGGUGGUCGCUCUUUUCGCGAGACCGCUCUGUAGCUGUCGCGCUUGGACGACCCGUUGCCAUUAACCCCGAAGAUUCAGAUGUUGAGAUGAUUACGGAGGACGACUUCAUCGAGGACGAACCUGAUCGACCCGCAGAGUAUCCGCCCGAUCCGGUACACGUCCACUUCUUCAUCAACUACGUCAAGCUUUGUGAAAUCAUGGGUCUGGUACUCUCCCAGCAAUACUCGGUCGCUUCCAAAUUCAGAAGAAACGCUCUUGAUUUGACCCAUAGCGACAUGGCACUUGCCGAUUGGCUGCAGAAUUGCCCUCCAGAUGUGCAGUGGGACAAGUCGCGGCAUCAUUUUUGGGCGGCGCUGUUACAUUCGAACUACUACACGACGCUCUGUCUCUUGCAUCGGGCUCACAUGCCAGCAGCGGGUUCUCCGAAAGCGAACAAUGCUAAUGGAUUCGAUGAGCACGCCUAUCCUUCUCGAACCAUUGCCUACCAAGCAGCUGCCAUGAUUACGUCUAUUGUUGAAAAUCUUCGCGCGCAUGACGAAAUACGAUAUACGCCGGCAUUCAUCGUAUACAGCUUAUUCUCCGCCCUCAUCAUGCACGUCUAUCAAAUGCGGUCGUCGAACAAGUCGAUAGUCUCAGCUACGGAGCAACGGCUGCAGAUAUGCAUGGACGCGCUCAAGGAGGUCUCGAAGGUAUGGCUUGUGGCUAAGAUGGUGCACACUCUAUUUGAAUCCAUCUUGGGUAACAAACACUUGGAGGAGCGCCUACAGAAGGCCGCCGGCAAGCGACACCAGAAGAACAAAGCGUCGAUGCCGCAGCCGCCUCCAAGGCCUGCGCAAGACGCAGCACAGAAGCGGAAGUUCGAUGACAUGGAUUUUGGGGGCUUCCCGCAAGUCAACGCUCCUCCAGCUCCGCAAGUAUCGUAUGAGCGUUCAAGGCCACAGACACCUGCUGUAACCCCUUCUCGAGAUCUACCGCAAGUACCGCAAAUGCCACAGAUCACACAUGGGUCACCGCAGAUGUCACGUCAAAAUAAUGACGCCUUCAUGGGACCAUCGCGGUCUGGAACGCGCCCUACAACCCCCUUCAACCCCUCGUAUUCGUAUCCGGGUACGCCUCCCGAUCUGUUCUUGGUUACACGUCAAUCGCCCAAUAUCUCUCAGGAACUGUGGCAGAAUUUUCAACCUGAUCAGCUGUUUCCUGCAGAGUCAAAUCUCAGCAUUCAGCAACAGUCACCGUCACAGAACCACAGCCUUGUGGAUCCUGCGUUAUCGCGGCCACAGACAAUGGCAAUGCAUCCAGCGAACGAGGCGACCCAACAACCAAUUCCGCCCCAGCAGCAGUUGCAAGGCGGGGUGUCGAUGGCAGGCUUUGAUCAUAACAACCCCCAAGCAUGGCAUCAGCAGAUGGACAUGAUGCAGCAGAAUCAGCAAAAUGCUUCAGCCGACGACAAUUGGAGCAAUAGUAGCAAUGGACGACAAAAUCCCAUUGUACCCACAACAUUAAACGUGGAAGACUGGUUUAAUUUCUUCGGCUUCAAUGGCAAUGGCGAGGGUGCAGAGACGUUCCAGAACGCUCUUUAUCACGCGGGAUUGCAGUGA